AAAACGGCUUCAGGACAGAAGUUAUCGUUUAAUCUACGCCAAUAAACAAAUGUUUGCUUCAAAUGACUGUCCGUCUGUUGUCGCGCACUGUUCGUCCUCCUCGUCGAUGUCACUCUGACGACAAUGACCGAGAGUCGGCAGAAGCUUCACUUCAGUCACAUACUGACUGAUCGAUGAAUACUGGCCACCAUUUGAGAAUGCUAAUCUACAAGCAUUGAUACAUCCAGUGGCUAGCUUCGAAAAUGACAGAACCUGAGCAUUGGCACUCUCCUGCCAAUAUGUUUCUCCAGAAAGAGGUCUAUCGCCUCGGGUCAGAGCCCGGACUCCGAUCCCUUCCUCCUGGCCCCGAACGCGAUUUCCUCACCCUCACCUGGGGUCCCAUCGUCUAUCGCACUACAUAUGCGCCAGCCUCACAACGGCUGAUACCGAUAUUCCUUCGAGCGCUCAACGAAGAAAUCCAGAAAGCCCUGUCGAGAUGUCUACCAGGAAGCCCGGAACAGAUCCGUCUACUUGAAACAACAUACGCCUCUAAGGUGUUCAACUCUCAGGAGGAAUACCACGGAGUCGACGAGGAGACUGUCCGGGAAGCCUUUCAUGAUUGGAAAGUAGCUCUAGCGUUGCCCGCGAUAGAACUCCCUGUCCGAUUGCGGAUGUGCCUGAUGAUAGAUGAUGGAGUGCUGUCGCAUCUCACAACGACCGUGGAUAUGUCGUCCAUGGUGGAGAAGGAUGCGGACUACUCCAGUUGCCCGGUCAAGGUCAUAGAGGAGAACUUUCCUGAUGUACAUCGCCGUGACUCAAAACCAACAAAAGAAGAUUAUCCUGGCUGGACAAAAGUGGCAUUGUCGGCACUUGUGGAGUUAUACGAUGGUCUGCGGCGGGGUAAAAGCCUGGAAGACUAUCAUAGAUCUGGUCAGGUCUACUUGGGUAACGGUAACUGGAGUUAAGGCAUGCAAAUGUGAUAGUGUAUAUCGAGCUUGCUAGAGAACUCUAUAAAUGGC